AUGUUUUCAAAUUUUAGCUCAUUAAAAGAUAGAUUAAAUAACGGUCUACAAAAUAAAAUUCAAUAUCGAGAUAAAGGAUCUAGUCAAUCUGGAUCUGAUCAAGAAGAUUACCUACCCACUAACGAUAAUUUCAGUGGCCUUUUACCUGUUGUGCGUCGAUCACAUACCUCAAGGAUGCAAUCCACUUCUUCAGUACAACAAGACGACGUUACCUAUUCAACUAUUAUUAACAGUGUAAUCACCGCAGAACUAGCCAAUUCAUACAAAAAACUACUUAACGAAAAAAAGGCUAUUGAACUAGUUCUCAGGAAAAAUUCACAUUUGGAAGGUUUUACAGACAUGGAAGCCUUCGAAGCUUACUUACAUAAUUUAAACAUGAAAGACGAGAUGAGGAUGCAAGAGAUCAAACGGAUUACACAAAUAAAUGAUGAAACAAAGCGACAAAUGGAAGAUAUGUGUAAUACUCACAAAAUGGAAAUAGAUUCUCAAUCAAAACUUAUCGAUAAAUUAAAAAAGAAAAUACUUAAUCAAGAAGAGCAUAUUGAAAAUAUGCAAAAAAAAGAAUCUAGUAAAGUUAUCAGCGAUAAUGACAUAAAAAAUGUGGGAAACUUGGUUAAUGAGAUCAAUGAAAAUAAAUCCGAAAAGAUUGUUGAUAUUGAUAAUAAAAAAGAUGAAGAAAUAUCUCGACUUUCUGAAGAAAUUAAAACAAUUAAAUUGAAGUAUGAGGUUAAAAUUCAAGAGCUUCAAGCGAAAUUAGACAAUGAUGAAAUUAAAAAGAAUGAAAAGAAUGCCAUUCUUUCAUCAGACAAAGAAACAUUAAAUAAUUUACAACAAUUUAUGCAAGAAUAUGACGAAAAAAAUGAAGUUUCCGUCAUUGAAAAGAAAACAUUAGAAAAAUCUCUAGAAAGUUUAGCUAUAGAACGAGAUGAAACGGUGACGAAAAUGAGAGAAGAGCUUGAGAAAGAAUUGAAAAAAACACAGGAAUUGUCAAAUCAACACCGUAUUGCAUUGGAUAAUAAAACCAAGGAAUUUGAACAGGAAAGAGAAAUUCUAAUUCGACAAUUUGAGAAAAAGCUUGAAGUUAAAAAAGGAAUUUCUCAAGAAAAAUUACCCAUGGAAGAAAGAUUUCAAGAAGCUACGAAAGAAAUAGAAGGAAUCUUCACACAAGAAAAAAUUUUUUCGAAAAAUGACAAUUGGAAUGCAGAACGUAAACAAUCCGAAUUUAAAAUCCAAAGUUUACUAAGCGAAAUUGAACAAUUAAAACAAAACAAUAGUAAACAUGAUCCUGAAAUGACACAAAAACGUGAUACACAAGUGGAAGUCACGGAACCAUUAUUGGAAUUGACCCAAGAAGAAAAUCAAAAGGAAAUUGUGAAUGUUGAGGAGAGUCAACCUGAUAAAGCUCCUUUAAGUCACGACUUCGAUCAAAAUUCCAAUGAAAAAGAUGAAUUAACUAAUAGAGUUGACGAAUUGAUAGAAAAGUUGAAAUACGCUAAAAAGAGAGAUGAUGAAAACAAAAGUUUGAUUACAAAAUCUGAGAAACAGAUUGAUUCCCUUACUGCAAACAUUAACGAAAAAGAUGAAAUACUAAAUGAAAUGCACUCUAAAUUAAAUUCAUCUAAUGAAUUAAUUACCAGCUUAUAUCAAACAAUAAAUGAAUAUCAAGAAAAAAUUUCUUUAUUAGAAAAAUCCAAUAAAGAUUUUGAAUCUAUAACGUUGGAGCGAGAUCAAUUUUCUCAAAAAUUGGAUAAACUUAAAAUAACACAUGAGGAAUUGCAAAAAAACCAUCAAGAGUUAAAAUCCGUAUCAUCUUUUGCCAGUUCAAAAAUUGCCGAAUUGGACAACCAUGUAAAAGAGCUUAAUAAAGAAAUUGCUAUUUUUGCUAAGGAAAAACAAAGUCUUUUGAUAAAUUUCGAAAAUUUGCAAAAGAUAUCAAACGAUACACAAGCACAGUUGAACAAUGAGAAGGCAGUCUUUAUAGAUUUAAAAGAAAAAUUCGAGAAAACAAAAAAAAGUCACAUGUUAUUUGAAUCUGAUAACUCUCAAUUGAAAGAUAAAUUAAAAACAACGGAAGAAAAAUAUAAAUUACUUGAAUCCGAUUGCGCACAGCUUCAUAUUGCUAAAACCGAUGCAUUAGAGAAGUUAUCAGAUGUCGAUUCAAGGUUAAAAUCAUCAACUCAACGAGAAAAAGAUCUACAAGAUUCAUUGAGCGAAUAUAAAUCUAUUAUUCAAAAACGUGAUUUUGAAAUUGAAUCAUUAAAAAAGCAAUUGACCGAAGAAAAGGGAAAACAUAAUAAAACUCUUUCCUCCCACAAACAAUUGAAACAAAAAGUCACAACUCUCGAGAAAGAAAAAAAGGAAUUAAGUGAUGAAGUAGAUCGUCUCCAGGAUUCUCUUAAAUUAUCAGAGCAAAAUGCGGCCAUUAAUCUUAAGCAAGAACUUUUACAAUUCAACAAAGAGCUAGAAGCAAAAUCGAUCCAAAUUUCGCAUCUGGAAACGCUAAAUGAAAAAUCUUGCAUUGAAAAGGAUGGAUUAUUUGACAAAUUACAAGUUAAGCAGGCGGAAUUUGAAUCAUCACAGUCCUUAUUAGAAAAUCUACAACAUGGCUCUAAAGAAUUAACUCAUCAGUUAAAAGAAUUUGAAGAACGCUCUCAAGAGUUAGAAGGAGAAUUGAAAACAUUGAAAAAAAUUUAUAAAGAGAAGAGCCGUGAAAAUGAAAAUCUAAAGGCUAAGCUUACUGAUUUAAUUCGUGAUAACGCAGAAAAAUUUGAAAAUUUGGAGAAAAAAUCUGAGAAUUAUCGACAUGACAAAGAGAAAAUUGAACUAGAACUUAUGGAUAUGAAGUGUACAAUUGAUGUUCAGAUUCAAAAUAUGAUCAAACAAUUGAAUGUAAAAGAACAAGAAAAUAAUAGCUUGACAGAAAUUUCUUUGAGGAAAGAUGAUACCAUUAAGUCAUUGCAGAAUGAGAAUGAAUCUCUGCAAAAGCGAAUGCAAGAAAUAGACAAAAAAGUGGGCAUUCUUAAUGCAGAAAUAGUCGAUGCCAAUAAGAAUUCUGCUAAAUAUCGAGAGUUAGAAACGAACCUUCAAUUAAAUAAAGAAGAGUACGAAAAGUUAUUGGAAGAAGCACGAAUGCGAGAAGGUCAUUUGCGUACAAUAAACAAGACACUAAAGGAUGAAGUUCGUAAACUUCAGAAAUCGUCAGAACGUAAUGCAUCACAAAAUUCACCACCACCCAUAUCACCAAUAUUUUCACGUGGCCCGAAUAUAUCUACAACCUCAUCGUUUCAUUAUGCAAACAUGGAUAAUGAUCUCAAAAUAGAUUAUCUUCGAGAUAUAAUAUUUAAAUUUUUGGAAAAUAAAGUACAAAGGAAAACUCUUUUGCCAGUUUUGACAACUCUAUUAAAAGUUUCGCCAGAAGAAAAAAGAAAGUUAGAAGCAAAAUAUGGUUAA